GAGAUUUCUAUGAGAGAAUUGAUGGACGUGGUGGAAUCAGAUGUGAAAGCAGAGUACCAGAAAAACAAUGGUGUGGUUGAUGAGGAGGCCGUAUCUAAAAGUCUCCUGGAAAAACUGAAAGGAAAGAACACCAAGCAUCUCCAGUUAAACGGUGGAUCCCUCCCGCAAGUUUCCGGCAGGGCAAAAAGAUUCGCUCGCUUCCCUACCUUAGCUGACGUCAGGCGGAAAUUUGUACUUGGAAUCCAAGACACAAUGGUCAACACGUCUGAGAAUGCCACGUACCAAGUUGUCGAGAAGCCCAUUGAUAUCUCACAGAUUCAGAGAAUGGUGCAGAAGGCCAUCAUGAUUAACAGAUUGAACACCAACUAG